GGGUUUCUCUGUGUAACAGUCCUGGCUGUCCUGGAACUCACUUUGUAGACCAAGCUAACCUUGAACUCACAGAGAUCUGCCUGCCUCUGCCUCCCGAGCACUGGGAUUAAAGGUGUGCGCCACCACUGCCCAGCUCAAGAAAUAACCAAAUACUUCUUAACUACAAGUCUUGUUUAAAUAUAUUAUCACAGGACUCUAAAUGUAAGACUCUAAUACAAAUUACAGUUCUAUUUGUUUGUUUUUGAGACAGGGUCUUACUCUGCAGCUCUAGCUGUCCCAGAACUCUAUGUAGACCAGGCUGGCCUUGAACUCACAAAGAUCUGCCUGAGGCAUCCCAAAUUACAAUUCUUAAACACAUCAUUUUUAGGGGCUUAUUUUUGUAAAAACUAAUAAUUUUAGCUACAGAAUGCUAGUCUGUAAAUAGUGUUACUAUGGUUUUGACAAGAAUACAUUUGCUUUAUAAGGAAAUUGUUUUGUUCACUCAUUGACUCUCUCCUUGUUUGUAUUCAUUGAGGCUCCUUUGAAGAUUUCUCAGAUAAUGUUUUUUUUGGACCUCAUUGACAUCAUUCAGUUGUUUUGGCUACAGUGGCAGUCUAAAGAAAAUUUAUGGAAUCUUUCAACAAAUAAUUGUACUUAGCCAAAGGCACCCUUUGUCAUUAGUGAGAAAGGAAUGAACACAAAUACAUUUAAAAUAAGAUGUAAUAAUAUGUACAAUCAUAGACAAAUAUACAGUAUAACCUAGUGCUGCCCUGAUUCAUUAAAAAUUGCUGAAAAAAAUACUACAUAUGGGUUUGUUCAUGUAAAUGGAAAAAGAUUUCUCCAUGCUUAAGGGAUGGAGUUAUAAUAACCAGUAUUUAGAGAUCACAAUAAAAUGCUUCCAUAAACAUCAUUCACUGCCGUUCAAGCAAACGAGACUAUAAAGUGGUUCACAAGCAAGGAAUCACCUCAAACGUCACACCCUGGUGUUUGCAUCUGACUCACUAAUCUUUUCAAAUGUUAGGUGUUACAUGUGGAGAGAAAUGAAUCAUUUGUUGUUUAAACAAGGGGAGCAGCUGUUAGCCCUGUCCAGUGUGGUCAAACCUUUAAUGACAUCUAUAAAUGGAACAAGAACCACUGAGCUCUCCCCCCUCAGCUGUCAUUAUAGCAGCUGGCAGUACCACCAACUCACUGUGGUAUAAACUAAAAGAAAAGGCCCUUUAUGGAGAGACAGUGUAAAUCUUGAAAAUACGUAAGUCCCUGAUUUGGGAGUGUUUGCUCCUUCAACAAAUACUCAUGGAGCAUCCAUGAAGCCUGGGGCCUGUAUAGACUGAAAACACAGACCUACAACACAAACGUCGGGUCUUCACUGAGCUUACGUUGUGGGGGAACAUUUAAGAACACCAGCCCUUGGAACUUUAGCAUCUCUGUAGCUCUACUGAGUUCAGAGUGUGAUCAUGAUUGUGGAGUAAAGGACUUCAUGGAAGAAAUCUACAAUACCAUCUAGAUACAAGCGAAGGGACCCUUGGGAGAGGUGACGGGGUCUCACAUAGCCCAGGCUGGCCUUGAGUUCACUGUGCAGCUGAUCAUUUUCCUACUCCACCUCGCAGGUGCUGGGAUUACAGGUGUGUGCCACAAUGCCUGGCUGAGUUCUUGAAAUCACGUCUUCAUUCCGUAUGGUGCUCCUUUAUCAUCAGCACCAUAAACUAGACUCCGAUAUCACGUUUUCUUAAACAAGGCCUGCUUUCUAAAUUAUAUAUAAAUAUAUAAUAAAUAUGUACAUACACAUUAGAUGAUGCAGCAGCACAGGCUGAUUUUACUCUCUCUGGGGACAUUUUUCUCAGAGGGUUGCAUCUGUUCUAUUUUUUAACUUUUUAUUUCAUGAAAGGACCUUUUUAGCCUUUAAAGUUACAAAAUAUUCCCAGUAGUCAUAGGUACGUAGGUCUUUUUCCCCAAAGACUUAACUAUUAUUAUUUUACUUUUUUGUAUUAUUGUUUGUCCCUUCAUAUCCUUUGUAUGGCAAGACAGAGUGUGAAUGAAUUUGAUAAUUCAGUAGUAAUUACAGUUUUCCUACCUAAAAAUAAAGAUAAUUUAGAAUAUUUUAGAAAAUUAAGUUUCUCUGCAUUUGUUAUUUCAGUUAUGAUGGAGGUAUAUUUAAAAGGUUAUCUAAAACUAUUAAGUACAUAAACAUCUUAAUGUUUCCUCCUUGAAAAAGAAAAUUCUGAGUAGAAAAUAACAUUUUGCAUUUUAACAUUUUAAACCAUUGGACUCAUAGCUUAUGAGAAUUGAAAUGAACUCACCUCAUAUUCUUGACCUUGGCAUCAUUAAUUCAGACAGCCAAGUAGCUUGCCACUAGGCCAUUUUUAGAGGAGUGACUCAUUUUUAUGAUCCAUUUUUCUGUUAUUUCAGUAAGCACUUUCUUGUGGAUGCCCUUUAUUAACAUAUAUUCCAAGGCUUUCUAUAUUUCAAAGCUUUCCACUUCACCUGAAUGUCUUGUUUCCUAGCAGUUUCCUUAGUGACCAGAAGUCCCAGUUGUUACUUUCAAUCUCAGACAGCUGAACAAGUCUCCUUUCCAAACCAGCUCUCCUAAAUUCCCGUCCUUAGAGCUGGAGUCUAUAUUUAGCCGGUGGGAUUAAAUUGCAGAGGCUUCAGACCGCGCAGAGCACACCGAUCCGCCUUUUUACAGCUAGACCUGUGUGCAGCAAGGAGCGAAGACCCUCAGUGUCCCCUUCCUUACCCAGGUUCCUCACAGAAUGGAUUCCCAGCGGGAGCUUGCAGAGGAACUCCGGCUUUACCAAUCCACCCUUCUUCAGGAUGGUCUAAAAGAUCUCCUGGAAGAGAAAAAAUUCAUCGAUUGCACCUUAAAAGCAGGUGACAAAAGUCUUCCUUGCCACAGACUGAUACUGUCUGCUUGUAGUCCUUACUUCCGUGAGUAUUUUUUGUCUGAAAUUGAGGAGGAGAAAAAAAAGGAGGUAGUGCUAGAUAACGUGGAUCCUGCUAUCCUGGAUUUGAUCAUCAAAUAUCUGUACUCUGCCAGUAUCGAUCUCAAUGACGGAAAUGUGCAAGACAUCUUCGCCCUGUCCAGCCGCUUCCAGAUCCCCUCAGUCUUCACUGUCUGUGUGUCUUACCUUCAGAAAAGACUGGCUCCCGGCAACUGUCUGGCCAUCCUAAGGUUGGGGCUUCUUCUCGACUGCCCGAGACUCGCCAUUUCUGCCCGGGAGUUUGUGUCAGAUCGCUUUGUGCAGAUUUGUAAGGAGGAAGACUUCAUGCAGCUGUCUCCGCAGGAACUGAUCUCGGUCAUUUCAAAUGACAGUCUCAAUGUAGAAAAGGAGGAAGUAGUGUUUGAGGCCGUGAUGAAAUGGGUGCGGACAGACAAAGAAAACAGGGCGAAAAGUCUCAGUGAAGUGUUUGAUUGUAUUCGUUUUCGCCUUAUGGCAGAAAAAUACUUCAAAGAUCAUGUCGAGAAGGAUGACAUAAUUAAAAGCAACCCAGAAGUCCAGAAAAAAAUCAAAGUUCUAAAAGAUGCUUUUGCAGGCAAACUCCCGGAACCUAGCAAAAAUGCGGAGAAGGCAGGGACAGGCGAGGUGAACGGCGAUGUUGGUGACGAAGACUUGCUUCCUGGUUACCUGAAUGAUAUUCCCAGACAUGGCAUGUUCGUUAAAGAUCUCAUCCUCUUGGUCAAUGACACAGCUGCUGUGGCUUACGACCCCACGGAAAACGAAUGUUACCUUACAGCCCUAGCAGAGCAGAUCCCCAGAAAUCAUUCCAGUAUUGUUACCCAACAAAAUCAGGUCUACGUGGUGGGAGGACUGUAUGUGGAUGAAGAAAACAAAGAUCAGCCCUUACAGUCAUACUUCUUCCAGCUUGAUAGCAUAACAUCUGAGUGGGUCGGACUUCCACCUCUACCAUCAGCCAGGUGUCUCUUUGGUCUGGGAGAGGUGGACGACAAAAUCUAUGUGGUUGCCGGCAAAGACCUUCAGACAGAGGCUUCCCUAGACUCCGUCUUAUGCUAUGAUCCUGUGGCUGCAAAAUGGAGUGAAGUGAAAAAUCUUCCUAUUAAAGUUUAUGGCCAUAAUGUGAUCUCACAUAAUGGGAUGAUAUACUGUCUAGGCGGGAAGACAGAUGACAAAAAGUGUACAAACAGGGUGUUUAUCUACAACCCAAAAAAGGGAGACUGGAAAGAUCUGGCUCCGAUGAAGACCCCUCGUUCCAUGUUUGGAGUGGCGAUCCAUAAAGGCAAAAUUGUAAUCGCGGGAGGGGUCACCGAGGAUGGUCUUUCAGCAUCGGUUGAAGCGUUCGACCUCAAGACCAAUAAAUGGGAAGUGAUGACAGAAUUUCCUCAAGAAAGAAGCUCCAUCAGUCUCGUGAGCCUGGCUGGAUCCUUGUAUGCCAUCGGCGGUUUCGCGAUGGUUCAACUGGAAUCCAAAGAGUUUGCGCCCACUGAAGUCAAUGACAUAUGGAAGUAUGAAGAUGAUAAAAAAGAAUGGGCUGGGAUGUUGAAGGAAAUACGUUACGCUUCCGGAGCUAGUUGCCUAGCAACACGCUUAAAUCUGUUCAAACUGUCUAAACUAUAAACAAGGUCACAAAAACAAGAGGGCUAUAAUUUAUUGUCUUUCUUUAAGCCUGUACAAUGAUUCAUGUAGAGUCUCUAUGUAGCAGAAUCUCAGUCACGGCUUUUUCCAGUGCUGAGUAUAAAGUAUAAAACCAUUUGCUAAGAACUUUAGUAUUCAGUUGAACAAUGUACUUUUGUUAAACUUUACUCAAAAGAAGUGAGCUUUCUAAAUCUAAGCUGUUUACUCAUCCUUUGUAUUCUUAAGGUACAUUUACACUUGUUUUCUAUUAUCUAUGAAAUGCAUAUGUCUACAUUCUAAAGAAAUGUUUGAAUAACAGAAACCUUUCUCAUGUUUUGAGCUAUGAUAGGAAUCUUGUGCAUUAUAAUGAAGAUGGUUGGAAAUGCUGUUUAAGAAGUAUAAUAAAUGAGUCUCAUCUGAAGGGGAAAACGUCUAAUCAAAUCCAAAUGGCCUCCCACCACCCCUUUUAAAUUUUUUAUUUAUGUGUGUGGGUGUUUUGCCUGGGUGUACGUCUGUGCACCACCACAUGCCUGUCUGGUGCCCAAGGAGACCAGAGGGCUUUGGAUCCCCAGGGACUGGAGUUAGAGGUGGUUGUGAGCUGCCAUGUGGGUGCUGGGAACCAAUCCCAGGUCCUCUGGAAGAACAGGAAGUGCUCUCGACUGCUGAGCCAUCUCUCCAGUCCCUUUCUUCUUUUUGUGACCCUGGCAUAUUAUUUCCAAAUGAAAAUGUAAUGUUUUUGUGUGUAUCUGCAGGCAGUGUGUGCGUGCUUGCACGUGCCACAGUGCACAUGUGAAGGUCAGAGGGCAAGCUCAAGUGUCAGCCUUCACUUCCCACCAAACUAGAGCCAUGGUCUCUUUGCUGCUGUUCCACUGCGGACGUCAAGCUGACUUGUCUGCAAGUUUCUGGGUACACUCCUUUCUGCAUCCCGCCUUCCUGUAGGGGCACGCACGCUACACGCCAGUCUUUCUUUGUGGGUUCCAGGGACUUGAACUCUAGUUCUUAGCUUUUGAGGCAAGCAUGUUUACCUGCUGAUCCAUCUCUCCAGCCCCAAAUAUAAAAUGCUUACAUUAAAAAGCCAAUAAAUCGUAGCCUUCACAACAUUAAGCACAGUAGCUGUAAUGGGGGGGUGACCUUUAAACUUCUGGGGCAGAUGAUGUGAGGAAGGGCAGGUCAUCACUGGUUCAUUUUUAGCUUUAUAUGCCAUAGAAGGGCUCCAUAUUUGCUAGAUCCCCAACAGCAGGAGAGGCAACUGAGCCAGGUGUGGUGGACAUGUCUGAAAGCCUCUUCAGAGGCUUGGGAAACACAGUGAGACUCCAUCUGCAGGGUCCUAAGGCCCCACACUCACUCUUGUGUGUGUGUGUGUGUGUGUGUGUGUGUGUGUGUGUGUGUGUGUGUGUGUGUCUAGAGACUCCUCAGUCUACCGUAAGCCUCAGAUUCAACAAUGUGAGUCACGAACCGAUCACCGCCUGGGUCCUACCACACAUCUGUGUAUGGAUGGACUUUCACAGGCCUCUUUUGCUGGCUCUUCUUUCUGGUUUCUUCAUGCUGGAGUGCCUGAGGGGACAGUCCCACAUCUCCCCUCCAUUCACACUCUUCUCCAAUAGCAGCUUAAAGUGAUUUCAUGUAGUCUCAUGGUGCCAAAUUCCAAUGACGACUUCACACUUCUUUCUGAAGCCUAGACCUCUCUGACCUCCAAACUCACUGAGAGGUCAUCUGCACUUGGGUGCUGAUAAAGUGUCCUAAACUCAACACAUCUGAGCAAAUUCAGGAUUGUCCCAACACCAGCCCCACACCCCACCUUCUCUUCCCAUAGACCCCCAUCUCGGUGAAAGGAAUGGGUCUGUGUCACACCCUCUCACCCAAGGCUCAGGGAUGAAGGGGCGGAAAACUGUAAGAGCCAGACAGUGUCUUCUGGAGUAACAGGCACUUGCACUCGUGAACUCCCAACAGCUAUUGUUGCCCACACAAGACAAGCCGCACAAGAUCAAGCUGGUCAACAUUCAAGCAUGGAUAAUGGGGCUCACCAGGCCCACUCCUAGUUUAGAAGACACAGCAGUUGCAGGGGAGCAAGUCCGCUUUCUUCAGGGCCAGGCCUCUGCCCAUGUGCAUGCAGCGACCCUAAAUGCACUCACUAGGUUACAUAUACAAACGUUUAGAGAAAGAAGGGGAAGGACUCGAAGUUGGAACAGGGACGGGAAGAGGGACAC